GAUGUCGGAACAAUCGUAUAUUUCGGAUACGCCCAAAGGACGACGCCUCUCGCCCAUACCAGAUAUAAUGGCACAAAUUUCACAUAUAUCCACCAAUACAGAUCCGGAGGGAAGUGAAUCUCCAGUGAUCUCGAGAAGAGACAACACUCAGCCGGAAGAGGAUAUUAUAGCCCAUAUAUUGGGUGAUUUUGGUGUCUGGCAAUUGCGCUCCAUUUUGAUUAUUUUCCUGUGUAAAAUACCCGCCGCUUGGUUCAUGGCCCUGAUUAUAUUCACUGCCCCUGAGAUCUAUCCUGGCGAGGAGUUCAAUUGUGAUACGAAUUCUUAUGGAGCAGCAGAUAAUUGCACCGUUUCGGUAGAUCAAUGCUAUGUGGUGGUGGCCUAUGGGAACUCCAGCUAUGCCAUGCGCCAGUGUCAGAAGUUCCAUUAUGCACAGAAGUUUCGUUCCCUGAUCAUGGAAUUCGAUUUGGUGUGCCUGUGCGAUAUAUUUGUAGCCUGGUCACAGUAUUGGCAUCUCUUUGGCAUGUUCAUUGGUGGCGUUGUGGCCACCAGAUUGUUGCGUGUUCUCAGUCCACGCAGAGUUUACGCCACUGGCAUUUGGGCCCUGCUGGGAUGUGGCCUAAUCACAGGACUAGUCAAUGACUUCAGUUUGCAUUGUGCCUUUCGCUGUUUGUCAGCAGUUUCAUGCUCCUUUAUGAUCACCGCUGGACAGGCUAUAUUCACGGACAUCACUGCGGGCAAACAUCGUCAAGGUGCUCUUUUGAUGUAUGAUACAUUCUGGGCAUUGGCUUUGAUCUUUUUGCCGGGCAUAGCAUCUUUCGCUCACAGUUGGCGUCACAUUUACUUGGGCAUCACCUUGCCAUCAAUUGCCAUAGUUGUUCUCCUGCCCUGGACACCAGAUUCACCACGUUGGCUGCUUAAACACACCAAGAACUCACGGGACACAGUAGACUUAAUAUUGCAGGCGGCUCGCAUCAAUGAUCGUUUAUUUAAGGUACCCAAAGAUUUACCUCUUCAGUUAGAGCUGCUCAGGGAGAAACUGCUAGAUCAGCCCCCUCCGGCACGUUGGCUGGAGUUGUGGCGCGGCAAGAAACGAGUUAAGCUAUAUAUGAUAGUCACUCACAUGGCUCUAGCCACAUUUCUUAUCAGCCAUAUGGGGUUGCUUUUGAAUAUACGCUCUUUUGGCCGGGACUAUCUUGCACCCAAUACAAUGGGCAUUGGCUUUGCCGAGCUUUUGGGCUGUUUUCUGGCAUUGCACCUGACCUUCCAUCACAAUACCCGUAAAUGGCAAUGGGCAGGAGGCUUCUGUAUACUAGGUGGCCUUGUAGGCUGCCUCUGUUGGUUCUUCAGUGAUGUAGAAAUGCCCGAGGUCUAUGAGAUUAUAUUAUGGAUGUUUUUCGCAGCCUUGCCAAAGGCAGCAGUAUCCUGUGCCCAGUCCAUGAUACUGGCUUGCAUGGGAGAACUGGUGCCGCCGGAGCAAAAUGCUCCAUUUGCCUUUUCAGUGGUCACCUGGGCAAGAGUUUGGCUACUUUCUGCCUCAUUUCUUACCAUGCUCAAGCAGCUUCAUAUAGCCUUAUCUCUGACUGCUUUCUGUGUGCUGGUUAUUCUGGGUGGCCUGUGCACUUGUUGUUUGGUAACCCCGAAAAAAGAAGAACCCAAAAUCGUUAGACAGACUAGCCAGGUAUAUCAUCAUAAUAUUUAUAAUACACAUUUAUAG